AACUAGAAUUUGAUAAUCUGGACACUUGAUCCCCAUGAAGCACCAUCCAUUGACUGGCUUUAUUGACUAUAAAUAAUAUCCCCAAUAUCUGAUACUAAGCUACCAACGACUUCCUUGACUAAUCUUGUUUGUUUUGUACAAUGUCAAUGACCAAGAAACCCGUGAAGUACUGUGUGGUGGAUGCCUUUGCUGACACAGCAUUCAAAGGCAAUCCAGCAGCAGUUUGCUUAUUAGAAGAAGAGAAAGAUGAUAAAUGGUUACAAUCUGUUGCUGCUGAGUUCAAUAUAUCUGAAACUUGUUAUCUCACUCAAUGUUCCAAUGAAGACACAAACACAAAUUCCAGAUUUAGCCUUCGUUGGUUUACUCCAGUUGAUGAGGUAGAUCUGUGUGGACAUGCAACACUAGCAGCUGCGCACUUUCUAUUUGCGUAUGGCCUGGUUAAAACUGAUACUGUUGAGUUUUCAACAAGAUCAGGAAUUCUAACUGCCAAAAGAGUACCAGAAGCCAAAGUUCCAAAUUCUGAUCAGGACGAUUGGCCAACAGAUUACUCAAUUGAAUUAGAUUUUCCUGUUGUCCAAGUAGCCGAGACUAAUUUUACUGAUGUUCCUGCAAUUUCGAAAAGCCUGAAUGACGCAUCCAUGGUUGAGAUCAAUGAGACAUCAAAGGGUGAUCAUUUCAUCCUGCUCCCAUCAGGGGAGGCAGUGGCCGAAUGCCAACCCCAGCUUGAUCUAAUAAAAACUUGCCCUGGCGGAGGAAUGAUUAUAACUGGACCUGCUCCACAGGGUUCUGGCUUUGAUUUUUAUAGCCGUUACUUCUGCCCAAAGCUGGGAAUCAAUGAGGAUCCAGUUUGUGGAAGUGCUCAUUGUGCCUUGGCUCAUUAUUGGCGGAAGAAGCUUGGCAAAUGUGACUUUGUUGCUUUAGCGGCCUCGCCUAGAGGUGGUGUCGUGAAGCUGCAUCUAGACGAGGAGAAGCAGAGGGUGUUUCUGAGAGGGAAAGCUGUUGCUGUCAUGGAAGGUUCUCUUCUAGUUUAAUCUAGCAGUUCACAUCCAUGAGCUUUAUUCGUCUGACACUAUUAUAUAUUUUAAUAAUGUGGUGGAAGGAUUUUUUUUCAAAUGAAAACACUAUCAACUGUCUAAUAUCUCUAAGUUGGUUUUUGGUAUGUACUUCACUUUGAGACUUUUGGAGCAUUCUUCUGUUUCUUUAAUAA